AUGCCCGCGACACCAACAGGCCAGCCGGUGACGAGCGCAUCGCUGGUGCGCACGCCUUCUGAUCGCUCGAAGACGACAAUGGCGAGCAACAACAAAAUUCCACGGAAGAGUGAAGACGGCAACACGGAUUCAUUGAAUGCGGCAAUGCUGGACGUGGAGAAGGGUAUUACGACAGACGCUACUGGCGAACCGGCAGUGCAUAGAUUUCUAGUGGAGUUCGACGGCCUCAACGAUCCCGGAAACCCGAAGAACUGGACGCCGAAGCGUAGAUGGGCUAUCACAAUUUCGAUGGGGCUGAUGGUGUUUACGGUCACGUUUGCCAGCUCCGUUUUCAGUGUUAAUAUCGGGGUCAUCGUGCAGAAGUUCGAUGUCACUCUUGUCACGGCUACCUUGGGAGUUGCUCUCUUUGUCCUGGGCUUCGUCUUUGGACCUAUCGCGUUUGGCCCCAUGUCGGAAGUUCUUGGUCGCAAACCUCCCCUGUUUUUUGGGUUUGCACUGUUCGCCAUCUUUCAAAUUCCAGUGGCACUCGCCCAAAACGUUACGACUAUUUGUGUCGGUCGCUUCCUUGGCGGUUUCUUUGCCUCCGCACCUCUUGCGGUUGUUGGAGGAGCGCUUGCCGAUCUAUGGGACCCAAUACCACGAGCCUACGCCAUCUGCGUCUUUGCGACUGGUGGCUUUGCAGGUCCUGUCGCUGGACCCAUUGUUGGAGGCUUCAUCACAGAGUCACGUCUAGGAUGGAGGUGGACGUCUUGGAUUACUUUGAUUAUGGCUGGUGUCUUCGGCACGAUUGGGUACUUUGUCAUACCCGAGACCUCUGCUGCUCGGAUCCUGCAACUACGGGCUGCCAAACUACGCAAGGAUACUGGAAACACACACUAUCAAUCCAAGGCCGAUGAGCAAAAACUGACUCUCAGCACCGUAAUCCACGUCUACCUUCUUAGACCGUUUGUCAUGAUCAUACAAGAGCCGAUUUUAGCGCUUGUGACUGCCUACAUGAGUUUUCUGUACGGCAUUCUCUAUCUGUUAUUAGAAGCUUUUCCUGUUUCUUUCCACGAAGAGCGUGGCUGGUCACUCGGCAUCUCGCAACUCCCUUUCGGCGCCUUCAUUGUCGGUGUUAUUAUGGGUGCUGGUCUCAUUGCAUACAGCACGGCCACCAACUUCACACGCUCUUUCAAGAAGCACGGCAAGAGCAUACCUGAGGAACGCCUCCCACCGAUGAUCGUGGGUGCCAUUGCUCUUCCAAUUGGACUAUUCUGGUUCGCAUGGACAAGCGACCCAAAUAUCAACUGGGUCCCGCAAGUGCUUUCUAUCGCGCUCAUCGGUCUUGGAUGUAUGGUACCUUUCUGGCAAGGUCUCAGCUAUCUCAUUGAUUGCUAUGGCUUCUACUCGAACAGCGCGAUUGCAGUGAACACCUUCGUUCGGUCGUUUGCUGGCGCCUUCUUUCCUCUGUUUACACAUACAAUGUACCACAGCCUUGGUGUGCCAUGGGCAAGCAGCCUAUUAGGAUUUCUUUGCGUUGCCUUCCUGCCGGUCCCUAUACUAUUCUACAUCUAUGGAGCCAAGAUUAGAGAGAAGAGCAAAUGGGCACCGACUGCCCCUUAA